UACGUCUUCCAAAGAUCGACUUGAUGUUUGUGAUAAGUUCGCAAUCUACCAAAUCGUCUCAAACAUUCCCUUACAUGAAGGCCAUUUUGACUGACGUUAUGCAGAAUUACAGCACAAAUCUAAUCCACUUUGCAGUUGUGUUGUACGGCAAUGAACCUUCUGUUGUCCUUCGAUUCUCUGACGGAUACACGGACCCUGACAAACUCGUAGAAGAGAUACGCUCGGCUAGGAACGUCCCUGGAGGCUCAGCAUUAGACAAUGCGUUGCAGACAGCUAAAACUAUUUUCGCCGAAGACGAGGCUGUUAGGCCGGAAGCGCGGAAAAUCUUGGUAAUCAUAACAGACGAGAAGUCAUCUGGAAACACGGUGGUUGCUAAGGGUGUCGCUAAGGACUUAAUCGACAAUCAAGCGUCUAUUAUAACUGUUGCACUUGGAAGCGAAGCUGAUCGUAAAGAGUUGGAAGAGCUCACUCCUACUGAUGGCAACUCCCUGAACACAACAACUGACAAGGAUCCUGGAGAGACUGGUGAAGAGAUCAUACGGAAAAUAGCUCAACUUCCAGACCCAAUUAACAAAGAGAAGAUCGACGUAGUCUUUGCCGUUAGCGCCUCUUCGACGCGGGCAAAGGAAAUAUUCCAGUUAAUUAAAGACACUUUGUCGUCCAUUAUUGUUACACAUGGCGCUGAGAAUAUUCACUAUACCAUUGUGACAUACGGAUCUCAAAUAAGACCUUUCGUGAACUUUCAAUACGAUUUUCGAGACGUGAAGGGCUUGUUGAGGGUACUAAAAAACCUCUCUCCCGAGGGUGGCACACCCGAUUUGGACUAGACCCUCGAAUAUGCAAAAAAUGCAUUGGAGGGGCCAGGCUCUCGCGCAGACGCGAAAAAAUUCCUUGUGCUCCUGGUGGACAACAAGUCAGGUAGCACCAAGGAAGAUGUAUUGCGAUUUGCGGUCUUACUGGAAGGUGGGGGGAUAAAGGUGAUACCAGUUGGAAUAGGAGGUGAAGAAAACCGCGAGGAACUGGAGAAAACUACCCCACUGAAGGGAAAUGUCAUUGAAGUUCCAAAGGAAUCCAGACCAGAGAAUCUUGGGAGGAAAAUUAUCGACAAGAUCCGAGAAAAUCUGUACCUUCCAUUAAUCCCAGAGGUCGAUCUGGUGUUUGCAGUCAGCACUGCGUCAGUAAAUGCAGAAGAAAACUUCGAGAAAGUAAGAGAAGUUAUAAAGGCCAUCAUUGACACGUACUCCAUGAACAAGCUCCGCUAUGGUGUCAUUGUAUUUGGAUCGAGUGCAAGUACAAAGAUCAGCUUAAUGGAUGACUUUUCCAGUGAUGAGGGGCUCAAGAGUUUGGUAAAUCUCAUUUCUAGAAAGAAAGAACUUCCUGAUUUAGAUAAGGCUCUAAAGAUGGGAAAAGAACUGUUUGAUAAAGCACCCGAGCGUCCAAAUGCAAGAAAAGUUCUUGUGGUAAUCCUGGAUAAAAAAUCAACAAGCAAGCUUACCCAGUUAAGGGAAAGUGCGAAAGUGCUGGAGGAAGACAGUAUUAGGGUGAUACCAGUUGCCAUUGGAAACGAAGUGGAUCGUAAUGAACUUGGAGUGAUCACACCUGACGAAACCUACAUUAUCAACGUCAUCAUUGACGUCGCUGUCAUUGAUUUAAAAGAGAAAAUAAUCCGCAAAGUGUUUAAAGAGGAGAAAGGUGAGGAACACGACUUUGUCAUUGUGGUGUCUGUUGGUCUUAGAAACAUCCCAUUCUUCAAGAAAAUAGGCAUAGAACUUUUGGACAAAUAUCCAAUCAGCAAAACCGCCUACAGCUUCCUAACCUACAACUCGGUCAUAAGAAGAGUCCAUACUUUCCAGACGAAGUUUUCUUCCGAUAGCCAGGUUAAAGCCGUCAUGAAGAACCUACCUGCCAGAUUGGGUUCCCGUGCCAGACUUGAUGUGGCCCUUUUGGAAGCACAGAAAUUGUUCGCAGAAGGAUCUGGAAGCCGGCCCCACGCAAGGAAGGUUGUUGUUGUAUACACUGACAGAGAACAAACCGGAAGUGACUUGGCAGCAGCAGCCAAAAUCUCCAAGGAAAUGGAACAAGAAGGAGUUCAGAUUAUUGUUGUUCUUUUGAGCAUGAGCAAUAUUCCUCCAAUUUGCGAAGUAGUCACUCCAAAUAAGAUUAGUGUCAUUCCGACAAAACCAGAGGAAGGUCCUAAAGAGGGUGUGGACAAGAUCGAUGAAGUUCUAAAAGAAGGUCUGAAACCGACCCCAGAGAUCGAACUAUGCUUUGCCUUCAGUGCGACACGCACAAAAUCAGGCAGGACAUCGCUGUUGAUGAAAAAUACAAUUAACAAGAUCAUCGAAAAGUAUGGUGCUGUCAAACUUCACUAUUUGGCCGUCGUGUUUGGAACCCAGGCUCAACCUGUAAUUAGUUUCCGAGAUCAAAAUCUAAGCGACAAAGAACUCAUAUCUCGCAUCAGCCGUAUUCGACUUCCUCCUGGAAGCCCUAGACUAGAUGUUGCUUUGCGGGAAGCUAAGGAAGCCUUUGAUCGGAGUCCUACGCGGCCCGGGGUAAAGCGAGUGCUAGUUGUGUUGAUCGACAACAAGUCAGUUGGUGAUGCAGACAACAUGAAGAAGCUGCAAGCUGCAAGAGAGCUGUACGGAGGAGAUGUGAGUACAAUCAUGGUUGCGAUUGGCGAAGAAACAGAUCUGAAUGAGCUGGGAACAGUUAUUCCUCGCAAAGAGGAUCUCAUUAAAGAGUCCAUAGACGUUGAUCCAGAAGAACUCGCAAAACAAAUAAUCGAGAAGACCUUUGGCGUUGCGAAAGAAGAGCGUAUUCCUGAAACGGAUAUUGUUUUUGCAAUCACUGCAACCUCUUCAAGGUGGAACAACAACCUUCGACAUACGAAGGACACAAUCACUUCUAUUCUGGACACUUUCUCAAUGGAUCUGAUACGGGUCGGUGUCAUUAUGUUCGGAGAGGAAGGUGAAACUUCCAUUUCCAUACAAAGUAACUUAAAUAACUCGCUACAAACUGAUGUUGACAGGCUGUUACCUGAGUUUGGAGUGCCAGACCUGAAAAGUGCACUCAGUGUGGCAAGGAAUGUUUUUCAGACAAGCGGGAGAACAAACGCUCGCAAAGUUAUAGUGGUGAUAUCUGACAGACGGUCUAGCAGCAGCCAAGAAGACAUCGAAGCCGAGGUAGAUCGUCUGACUGAAGAAAAUAUCGUGCUUAUCAGUGUUGUAAUAGGUAACGAAGCUGACCCUAAAGAACUGAAGAAGUUUACUCCUCACAAAGUGACGAAAACCACUCCAGAUGAAAAUCCGAAAGAACUGGGCAAGAAAAUCAUCAUCUUAAUACUGAAAGAACCAGGUGUAGACCUAGCUUUUGCCGUCAGCGUUGACCGAGAGAACCUCAAACUUCUCAAGGACACGGUGCAGAAAGUGAUCGACAACUACGACGUCGACAGAGUGCAUUACGGUCUCAUCACAUUUGGUUCGUCCGCCACGAUUAGGAUCCGAUUCACAGAUCAGGUCAAGGACCCGGACGAGAUAAAGAAGUCUUUCAGUGAAAAUAUGUUAUCGACACGUAGUUCUCCGAAUUUAGACGAGGCCCUAGCUAAGGCGGAAAUACUGUUCCAAGAUUCAAAGCGAGAUCAGACGCAAAAGAUACUAGUUCUUAUAAUGGAUCGGUUAUCACCGAGCGAUCCUGUCAUCGUACAGGCUAGAGCUAGAAGACUGGUGGACCAAGGGGUGACAGUAAUCCCUGUUACUAUUGGCGAUGAAGUGAAGAAAGAACAUGUCAAGCCCGUUACAGAUGACGAAGAUCGUACUGUGCCAGUCCAACCAACUGACAAACCAGAGGAAGUGACAGUGGUAAUUGUCGUUCAAAUAGAUGAGGCUAUAAAAAGACCUGCACGAUUAGUAGACGUCAACCUUGUGUUUGCCAUCAGCGCCAGCUCCAUGGAUUCGGAUAGAACCUUCCUACAGAUGCAGGAGAUCAUGAAAUCCGUUGUGGACAAUUAUCCCACCUCGAAUAUAUUUUACAGUGUUUUGUCUUUCGGAGAUCCUCCUCUCGUUCAUUUGGACUUCACCGAACAACUUUCCAUCGAGAAUAUCAAACGAACCAUCGACUCCAUUGGUCAGACAACAGGUUCAAACUCUCUCGAUAAAGCUUUGGACAAAACAAGAGAUCUUUUUAACGCUGCAGCCACCGAGAGGCCCGGUGCGAAAAAUAUUCUUGUUGUGAUGGUAGACGGUAAAUCUGACAGUGACUUGAUCGAUGUGAAGGUCUCUUCAAGACUCUUACGGGGCGAUGGAGUGAAGGUGAUGGUUGUUGGUGUCGGUAAUGAGGUGGAUCAAAAAGAAACAGGAAACAUCACAUAUAUUGUGAUUCUUACCAAUACAACGGAUAGACCUGAGGGUGUGGCUACAGAGAUUAUAAAAAACAUUGACAAAGAUACUCGAGAUAUUCCCGCAAUCGACCUUGCUUUUGCCUUGAGUGCUGCUGCUGUAGACGCCGAUGAUAUCUUCGACAAGAUGAAGCAUGCAGUAGAUACUAUAAUAAAGCUAUAUGGCAUUGAAGAGAUUCGGUACGCACUUGUGAUAUUUGGAGACAAAGCUACCACUGUCACUGAUUUCGAAAAUGACAGCGGGAAAGACGCACUUAGAACGAUUGUGCAAAACGUCAGCCGGCCAACGGGUGAACCAGACUUGAAAAAAGCCUUGGAAGAAGUAGAAAAACUGUUCGAAAACUCUUCGCCCAGGCCUGGAAGCAGAAAAGUGUUGGUGGUUUUUAUAGAUAAGAAGUCAGCCAAUAACCGUGAUGACAUCAAGGAGGCAGCUAAACCUCUGAUGGAGAAGAAUGUCACAAUUAUACCUGCGACUGUUGGGUCAAAGGUUAAUGUCGAUGAAAUAGAAGUACUGGUUACCAACAAAGAGUACAUCGCCGUCUGUCCAGUUCCUGAUCCUGACACUUGGCCAACAAUAAUUAUCGAUAAAAUUACACAAGAACUGCCAAAGAUUCCUAAGCUCGACCUGGGAUUUGCUAUCAGCAUUGGCUCCUCGUAUGCAGAUGCCAACUUGCAAAAGAUCAAAGACACCAUGAAAUCAAUAAUAGAUCGUUACGGAAAAAGUGAUAUUCGAUACAGCUUCAUUCUCUUUGGUGAUGAGCCGUCUGAGAGAGUCAGCUUUGGGGAGAGCCAGCGUUUCCCUGUCGCUACUCUCAAGGAUAGAGUUGACCGCUUCGCGCGAAUCUCUGGUGCAGCCUUAGACAAAACCCUCGAGGAGGCCAAAGAGAUCUUUCAGCGUACGGCGAGACCUGAUGCUAAGAAAGUGUUGGUUGUUAUCAUGGACCAAACACAGUCAAGUGGAAAGGAAAGCACAAGAAGGAAGGCAAAAGAGCUACAGGUGUCUGGAGUAAAGGUUGUCCCAGUGGUGCUCGGUGAAGAAGGAAGCAAAGCGGAAAUGGAAGAAAUCACCCAACACAAAAAUAACCUGGUGGAGAUGGAAAAAGAUGAGAAUGAAGAGAAAGCCGCUGAGAAGAUAAUGUUCAAAGUACUGGAAGAUGUCACCCAUGAGGAAGAGAUGGUAGACAUUGCAUUUGCCCUUAGUGCAACAGCAUUAAGCUCGGGCAAUAACUUCAGGAAGAUGAAAUCUCUCGUAGAUGAGAUCAUAAACAGCUAAAGUCCUUUUGCAACUCGUUACAGUGUCAUAAAAUUUGGGAAGAACCCAGUGGUUGAACUCGAUUUUGGAGACGUGAGUGAUCUUGUGGACUUGAGAGAAACCUUGCAGCAAAUCACGAGGAAUCAGCAGGGAGCUGACCUGGCCAGGGCUCUUCGAAAAGCUCGGCAGUUGUUCCAGACAGCGGCCACGAGUCGUCCUAAUGCUAAAAAGGUCUUGGUGGUGGCCAUGGACAAGGUAUCAGAUAGUGAUGAGAUCGCAGUGAAAGUAGCCGCUAGAUCUUUGGCUCGAGAAGGUGUCCGAGUUAUCGCUGUCACGUUUGGAAAAGAGGCAGAUCCACAAGAGAUUGAAAAGACAACUCUGAACAAGAACAAUGUGAUCCAAACUGACGAUGAUGAUAGUUCCGAGGAUAUUGCCGCAGAAGUUGUAGAAAGGGCAAACAAUGAUUCUAUGCCAAUACCAAUGGUAGACUUAGGAUUUGCCAUCAGUGCCACAGACACCGGAGCCGACCAGACAUACGAAAAUAUGAAAAAUGUGGUCAAGCAUAUUGUUAACUCAUAUGGGUUAGUUAGCAUAAGAUAUGGAGUCAUCCUGUUUGGCGACUCAGUGACAACAUAUAUUCCUUUCUCGCGAACUUUUCCUGACGAGAUGACAUUGUUAGCAUCCCUGGAUUUGCCACAGAGACUCCGUGGAGAGCCUGACUUGCGGGAGGCCUUAGAGGAAGCAAAGACAAUGUUUGACCAAGCGACCCCCCGACCUGGUGCUAGAAAAGUCCUCGCUGUCAUCAUCGAUAACGAGUCUUCCAAUAAUAGCAGUGAAAUUAAGGAAGCGGCAAAGGUCUUGAAAGAUGACGACAUUCAAGUCAUACCUGUAGGUGUUGGGCCCAAUGUCGAUGACGAGGAACUUGAGAUUAUAACAGGAAACAAGAAAAACGUCAUUAACACAGACAAGGAUGCUGAUUCGUCAAGCGUGGGUGAAGGAGUCAUCAUGAUGAUCCACGAGGAUCUACCCACCAUUCCGGAAACAGACCUCCUAUUUGCUCUUAGUGCUAACGCGGUAAAAGACAGAGACAACUUCCAGCAGAUGAAAGAUAUCAUCAAGGCCAUGAUUGAUCAGUAUGGGACAUCCAGUCUUCGGUAUGCUGUUUUAACAUUCGGAAACAGACCGAUUAUAAGAAUUUCCUACAAUGCAGCUUCCUUGGACGAUAAAGCCUUGAUGAAUUUAGUUGAUGCGGCUCAAAAACCUUCAGGAGCUUUAUUAGAUAAUGCUCUUGCAGAAGCCAAGAAAUUCUUCGAAACGCAAGGCCGCCCUCAUGCGAAGAAGGUGCUUGUGGUGAUUUCUGAUUUAAAGUCUAGCAGUUCUCUUAGAGACGUUCAGGCACAGGCCAAGUUCUUGGAAGAAGACGACAUCAAAGUUAUUCCAGUCGCCCUUGGAAAACAGGCCGACAUGAAAGAACUCUCUGCAACCACACCCAACAAAGAGAACCUUGUAGAUAUCGACGAAGGCGAUGAUCCUGCUGAAACUGCCGAGGUUAUUUUGCUGAAGAUUGUGACAGAUGUUCCCAAGAUACCGGAGAUGAACUUAGUAUUUGCCGUCAGCGCCAGAGCUGUGGAUGACGUGACAAACUUUGAGAGGAUGAAGGACAUAAUCCGGUCAAUCGUGCAAAAGUUUGGCUCAAGUCGAAUCCACUACAGUGUCAUCACAUAUGGCGACCCACCAACCACUGUCCUGCCAUUCGAUCGUAUGCUUCCUUCUGACGAGGAUUUAAAACAGUUCAUCAAAUCCAUUUCCAAGAACAAUCGUGGUGCAGCGUUGGUUGAUGUGCUGCGGGAGGCCACCAAGCAGUUUGACGCUGCAGGUAAAGUCCGCCCUCAUGCGAGGAAGGUUCUAGUUGUCAUAGCAGACAAGGACUCCGAAAGCAGGGGAGAGGAUCUCAAGAAGGAAGUUUUCAAGCUGCAGCCCGUGGGCAUUAAGGUUAUUGCUGUUGCUCUCGGGGAAGAGUCUGAUAAGGAUGAACUUGACAUUUUGACGCCUGAAGAGGGUGGAGUCAUCGAGGCUAACAACACUGACGGCGCCAAGAAAACCGCCCAUGCCAUCAUGGAGAAGGCUCUGAAAGAUUAUCCAGAAACACCCAACCUUGAUGUCGUCUUUGCUAUCAAUACGGCGGGUACUGAUAGAGUGAAGACUUUUGAGGUGAUGAGAAAUGCCCUGAAGAAUAUUAUACAAAUGUACGACCCAGAUCGCGUACGGUAUGGUGUAGUUAUAUAUGGUGACUCCGCAAAGCUCGUUCUCGGACUCUCUGAGGAUCGUCAAGAUGUUGAAAAACUUACCAGGAAUAUUGACAAGUUGUCGCAACCUUCUGGAUUACCAAAUCUCGAGAAACUGUUGCAAGAAGCAAAGAAGGUGUUUGAGCAGGAUUCUAGCCGACCUAAAGCGACUAAAGUGCUGGUUGUAGUUACUGAUGCUAAAUCGUCAUCAACGUCCGAUGACAUAAAGCAGGCUGCUAAACCGCUGGAGGAAGACGGAGUAACAAUGGUUGCAGUAGCUGUAGGUGACGAAGCACACAACAAACAGUUGGAGAAAAUGAUACCUGACAAGCAGACACCUUUGAGUGUUGAGAAAGAUGAAGAACCGGAUAAAAUAGGAGAAAAAAUCAUGGAGAAGGUGUUGGAAGCCAUCCCUCAGGUACGUGAUCUAGAUUUGUUGUUUGCCAUAAGUGCCCGUGAUGCCUUGGAUUCACUGGAACACUUCGGGAAAAUGAAGGACAUCAUCGACUGGGUCAUCACCAAAUAUGGCAUCGGUAAAAUCCAAUACAGCUUCGUCGUGUUCGGAACUUCACCGGCUGUAAGAGUGACCUUUACGCGACCUGUGAACGACGAACAACUGAGAGGAAUCCUACAACGAACUGAACGAAAUCCAGGUGGUGCAAGCGUCAUAAAUACACUUAAUCGAGCUCAAAGGAUCUUCGAUGCUUCUCCUCGACCAAAUGCUAAGAGAGUGUUGGUUCUUGUGAUGGACAAACGGUCUGACAAUCGUCUCGAUGACGUCAAAUUGUCCGCUGAGUCUCUUUGGAGGGCUGGUGUCAAAGUGAUCCCAGUAGCCUUUGGGCGAGAGGCUGCGCCGGAUGAAAUCGAGGCUACAACGUCUGAGGAAGACAAUUUGAUUGACGUGAGAGACACCAGCGAUACUGAUCAAGUCGCGAAGGAGAUCAUGGAAAAGGUUUUGGAAGAUUUCAAUGUUCCGAAAAUGGACAUAGCGUUUGCCAUCAGCGCCACAGCCCUCCAGUCAGAUGCCAACUUCAUGAAAAUGAAAGACACAGUGAGGGAAUUUGUGGAUAGAUUUGGUGUCCAUGGUAGGGUGCAUUACGCUGUGAUGACAUUCGGAGAUCCCCCUACAAAGGAUUUGCAAUUUAGCCACAAAAUGACAAGUUCAAGCACUCUUAAGGAGUUGAUUGAUGGAAUCGGUAAGCCAUCCAGGGAAGCUGCAUUAGAUGAAGCUCUUAGUGUGGCUAAGUUGUUGUUCAGCCCAGGUGAAGGUGGAAGGGAGGAUGCAGAGAAGAUUCUGAUAGUCAUGAACGACAGGGAGUCAGACAGCAGCAAUAAAGCGGUCGUGAAGUCUUCCAGACAGCUGAAGACUGCAGGAAUCCGUGUCAUUGCAGUUCCACUUGGUGACGAGGACAACUUAAAUGAAGUGGAGGUGAUUGUGUCCAUCAGUGAAGAUAUUAUCAAGCCGAGGACAACAGACAAACCCAGGCACAUCUCAAAUAAGAUUGUCCGAAACAUUCUAAACGAUGAACUUCGAACUCCCAAAAUCGAUUUAGGAUUUGUUAUUAGUGCCUAUGCUGCAUCAGCCACGGACACUUUCCAGCGUAUGAAGGAGACUAUUAACGCCAUUGUUGACGAGUAUGGGGUCACUGGUAGAAUCCGCUACGGGCUUGUAACGUUUGGCCGAGACGCCACUCGCAAACUGAGCUUUAGCCGAGAGCUUUCUGACAUCAACUCUUUAAAAGAUAUGAUAGAGAAUACCCCUCGUCCUUUUGGAGAUCCUAACUUACAAAAGGCUUUAGAGGAGGCGAGGAAAUUGUUCGAGACUGAACCAAAACGUCCUGAUGCCCUGAAAGUUAUUGUUGUCAUAACUGAUAAGAAAUCCACGAGUCGUCCCGAAGAUGUGAAACAGGCGUUCAUUCCGCUAGCGGAGGAAGGUGUUAAAAUUAUCCCCGUAGCGGUUGGUGCAUCAGCAGACCCCAAAGAACUGGAAAGUGUUACAUCCAAUCGCGGUUACGUCAUCAAGACAGAGAGGGAAUUAGAUCCAGACGUAACUGCGGAACAGAUAAUGGAGAUGGUUUUGAAAGAUUUGCCAGCUGUGCCUCAAGUGGACCUUGUACUCGCCAUCAGCACCAUCUCAUCAAAUGCUAAUUCCAAUCUCGCUAAAAUCAAAGGAGUGGUCCAGGAGCUGAUUGAUGCGUACGGUGUUCAGAGGGUCUACUACAGCGUCAUACUGUUUGGUCGAGUUCCUAGCAUAAGAAUACGGUUUACACAACAGUUGGAUGAAGCUGCCUUGAAGUCAGCCAUACAGGGCCUGCAAAGACCUAGUGGACGCUCAUCGCUUUCCGCUGCGCUAGAGACGGCCAGAGGCGUGUUUCGGGACGGCCGUCCAGACUCCAAGAAGGUUCUAUUGCUAGUAAUGGAUGCAAAAUCGGGGAGCAGUAUGGGCGACGUGAAAGAGACAGCCAGUAAAUUGGAAGAGAAUGGUAUCAAGGUCAUUCCACUGAUGUUCGGAGGUCAGGCAGAUCCAGAUGAAACCUCAGCCACCACCACGAACAAGCAGAAUGUUGUAAAAGCAAAUGAAACCAGUGAUACAAAAGCUAUUGCCGAGGAGAUAACGCAGAAAGUUACAGACAGUGAGCCAGAUAUUCCACUUGUUGAUAUGGGAUUUGCUAUCAGUGCAACAGCAACUAAUUCCAGAGAACAUUUCCAGAAAUUGCAAGAAGUCAUCAAAACCUUCGUUGAGAAGUACGGUUCUCAGAGGAUCGCUUACAGUGUUCUGACAUUUGGAUCGACCCCAACCAUUCGUGUCAGCUUUAAUGAUGCAGCAAGGGGAGACAAGGUCUUGAUGAGCACCAUAGACAACAUACCACAAAACGUAGCAAGGGCGUCUCUUGAUAAAGCCCUGCACGGAGCGAAAGAGCUUUUCAAGGAUUCCAAUGGUGCCCGAAAGAAUGCUAUGAAAGUCUUAGUGGUCAUCACAGACGAGAAGUCAGAUAGUCUGGAACAGGAAGUGAAGAAAGCAGCACAAAGACUCGACGAAAACGGCAUCCGCGUUAUUGGCAUUGCACUUGGAGAUGGAAGCGAUGGAGAGCUGGAGAGGAUUACUGAUGUUGAGGGUGACGUGCUCAACACAACCGAUUCGACCUCACCCGAGAAAAUUGUGGAGAAACUAGUAGAGCGAGUCUUAAACAAAACUGCUACGCUUGAUGAAAUAGACUUGGCAUUUGCUAUCAGUUCUGCUGCAGCGGGUUCAGACUCAACUUUCCAGCAAAUGAAAGAUACUGUACAAGAGAUAAUGCAGACUUACCAAACCGACAAACUGCGGUAUGCUGUGACAGUGUUCGGAGAUCGGGUCAUUUCUCCUAUCAACUUUGCACUGACUCUUCCAGAUGACAAAACGAUAAAAACGUAUUUUGACUCCAUCUCACGUCCUUCUGGCGAACCCGACCUCGAGCGAGCUUUAUCAGAAGCCAGGAAAUUAUUCGACCAGGCUUCGCCCCGCCCGAAUGCCAAGAAGGUGUUAGUGGUCAUCAUGGACAAGAAAUCUUCUAAUAAUUAUGAGAAGAUUGAAGUCGCCCUCAAGCCUCUUAAGGAAGAUGACAUCAAAGUUGUGCCGGUUGCCGUCGGUACUGAUGCCAGUUUAAAUGAACUGAAGAACAUUACGUCCGCUGAGGGAUAUGUGGUGACAGCAGAGAAGACCACAGAUCCUGUGAAGCUUGCAGAGAAGAUCAUGACCAAAGUGACCAUGGAAAUAUUGGACGUACCUGAGACUGACAUUAUUUUUGCAAUCAGCGCCACUGCACAGGUGGAUUACAUAGAAAACUUCCGUCAGAUGAAAGAGAUCAUCAUUGCCAUGAUUGACAAGUACGGCAGAGGAGACCUUAAGUACUCGGUCAUAGUCUACGGAGAUAUACCGCGGCCCGAACUUCGCUUAAGCAACAUCUUUGACUCGGACGAAAACUUAAUGAGUUUUAUCCGUUUAAUUCGUAAUAGUCGUGGAGCAUCACUUUCUAAAGCCCUAACACUCUCGAACCAGGAGUUCGUUUCAUUGGGACGUUCAAACGCCAGAAAGAUUUUGGUUGUAAUCACAGACAAGAGAUCCACGAGUGAUAUCAGUGACGUCAGUAAAGAAGCCAGAAUCCUGGAGCAGGAAGACGUCAGAGUUAUACCAGUGGCACUUGGAAACGAGGCCAACGAAAACGAGUUGCAGAAGAUCACGCCGUGGUUGGAUGAUUUAAUAGAGACUGAUAAGGAUAGCAAUCCAUACAAGGUGGCAAAGGUGAUUCUGAAGAUUGGGUUGAAAGACAAGCCAAAACUUCCAGAAUUGGAUCUAGCCUUCGCUAUUAGCGCUACAGCUCUAAAAGCCGGUGACAACCUCAAGAAAACGAACGAAAUAAUCAAGGAUAUUGUCAGCAAGUAUGGAAUCAAUAAAAUGCACUACAGUCUGGGUACAUUUGGAAGCACACUGAACGUCAUUAUCAAGUUCAGCCGACACGUAAACAGCAAUGCUCAGUUCAUGGGCCUGGUGGACACUGUCCGCGAAGUUCCAGGAAGCUCUGACUUGGCUAAAGCUCUGGAAGAGUCCCCAGCCAUGUUCACAGAGGAGAAUGGAGGGCGACCGAAUGCCAAAAAGAUUUUAGUCGUGAUUAUUGAUAACAAGUCAGACAGUUCUAGUGAUGACACUGAAGAUGCCGCGGCUGUGGCGAGGGAAGCUGGCAUCCGAGUGAUCCCAGUUGGGCUUGAUAGAGCGGACAAAGGGGAGCUGGAGAAGACGACAGCUGUAGAGGAGGAUGUGCUAACACCAUCAGACAGCGACUCGGCUCAAAACAUUGCGAAGGAUAUUAUAAGAAGGGCACUGAAUGAGACAGCAUCGGUUCCUCUUUUAGAUUUGGGCUUUGCAAUCAGCGCUUCAGCCCAGGAUGCAGAAAAAACGUUUACUCUGAUGAAAGAAGCCAUAGACUCCAUCGCUACACGUUACGAGGCCAGCAAAAUACGCUAUGCUCUACUCACCUUCGGCAGCACAGUCAAUAAAGAGGUGAGUUUCACUAAAGAUUCGCCCAACCCAGAAGAACUACGAAAGGCUUUAGAAGGGGCCAGUAACCUGAGUGGUGCACCAGACUUGAAGAAGGCUCUCGAGGAGGCAAAGAUGAUGUUUAAACAGGCUACCCCUCGACCCGGAGCUAAGAAGGUUCUCAUAGUAAUAAUGGAUAAAAAGUCAGCCAGUGAUUCCGGUGAUGUCAAGAAGGCAGCUAAGCUGUUAGAAGAUGUGAAUGUCAAAGUGGUCCCUGUUGCAGUGGGUUCCGAAGUCAGUCUAUCUGAACUUGAAAAAACAACAACUAAUAAGAAAUUCAUCGUCAUUGCUGGAAAAGAUGAAGAUCCAGAGAGACUUGGAGAAGAAAUAAUCAGAAAAGCUAUAAAGAAUCUUCCAGCGGUCCCGAUGGUUAACCUGAUCUUCGCGAUCAGCGGUCUCUCCUCUAAUGCAAACGAGAAGUUCCAAAAGAUGAAAGACCUCAUCAAAACGAUGGUGGAUGAAUAUGGCAAGGAAAGGAUUCACUACAGUCUAAUUGUGUUUGGAAACGAACCUUCAGUUGAGCUGAGAUUCUCCAGGACCUUCGAUAGUGAUGCUGAACUUAAAGCACAUCUUGAUCUUAAGGCUAGAGCCACGGACGGAGCUGCUUUGGAUAAGGCCCUGAAGAAAGCUGCUGAGUUGUUUGGGGAAUAUGACCGGGAGGGCGCUAAGAACGUACUGGUGGUGAUAAAGGACAAGAGGUCUACCAGUAACAGGAAGGACGUGCAGAGCAUGGCUAUUCCAUUGUGGGAGGGCGACGUCGAGGUGAUUCCAAUUGCGUUUGGUAGUCAGGCUGAUAAGGGGGAGCUGGAGUUGAUUACGCUUCACAAGGAAAACUUGAUAUUAGCAUAUAUAACGAACAAGACGGUGAACGUUGCUCAGAGAAUCAUGGACAAAAUGAUGAAAGCUAUUCCGAUGGUAGACUUGGCCUUUGCCAUCAGUUCCAAUGCCGCUGGAAAAGAGGAAACGUUUCAGAAAAUCAAAGACGCCAUUGACUUUAUCAUCACCUACUACGGCAACGAUCGCAUUCGUUAUGCAGUCGUCACAUUCGGUUUAUCCUCCUACGAGGACGUCGAGUUCCAAGAUGGUCGGACUAUGGAUGAACUCAAACAAUUAAUCGAGCGUCUUCCUCGUGCUAUUGGUGUACCAAAUCUGAAAGAGGCGCUGGAGACAGCAAAAGGAGUGUUUGAUCAGGCAUUAGACAGACCAAGGGCCAAAAAGUUCUUGGUGGUGGUCAUGGACUCCAAUUCAGGUAACCAGCCAGGAGAGAUCCAACAAGCUUCAGAAGCUAUAGAAGAGGAUGAAAUCAAGGUCAUUCCAGUAUCUAUUGGUUCCGAAGCAAGUCGCAACGAAUUGGAGAAAAUCACCACCAACCGGAAGAAUUUGAUAACCUCUCCAAAAGAUGAAGAAUCUAAAGCUCUGGGAAGGAAGAUCAUAAACACUGUUAUAAAAGAUUAUCCGUCAAUAGAGAAGGUAGACAUGGUCCUAGCAAUCAGCUGCACGGCGACACUUGGAGAGCAAAACUUCCAGAAGACCAAGGAUGUAAUCAGUUCCAUAGUCACAGAGUAUGGCCGGGAGCGUAUUCAUUAUGGUGUGGUGUUAUUCGGAAGAGAGCAAACCGAAGCUUUGCGUUUGGUUGAUGGCUACGAUACAGACCAACAGUUAAUGGCAAGGUUAAAUUCAUUUGACCGAGAGACAGGCAGAGCUGACUUGGCAAAGGCUCUCAAGACUUCAUGGGACAUGAUUUCAGAUGAAGGGAGAACUAACGCCAAAAAGGUCCUAGUCGUCGUUUCAGACCGAAGAUUUCAAGCAACAGAGGGAGAAAUAGGAAAUGCGCUGAAGCCCCUACAAGACAAUGACGUCACAGUUAUCCCUGUCGCUCUUGGAGUCGAGGCUGAUGAAAGGCAACUUCAAUUACUGACCGAUGACAAGAGCUCGUUUUUGUCAGCUGAGACCACAGAUGAAACCAGCGAAAUUAAGAAAAAAUUGAUGGUUAUUGUCUUCAAAGAGAGGAUUUUCAUACCCGCCAUGGAUCUGUUGUUUGCAAUCAGUACCACAGCCACAGACUCGGAGGAGAACUUUGCCUACGCGCAAGACGUCAUUUACAAGAUCAUCGAAAAAUAUGGCAUUAAGAAGAUCAAGUACAGCUUACUGACAUUCGGCCAAAAGGCGCACUUCCAUUUUAAAUUUGGUUUCAUCUCCAAUGACGUCAACAGGCUGAACAAUGCCAUCAAGCGGAGCAGAAUGAAGGAUCCCAGUGGCGUUUCUCUCCAAAAUGCAAUGGAAGGAGCAAGAGAAGUGUUUGAAGAAGCUGAAGGUCUCCGACCGGAUGCUAAGAAAGUACUGGUCGUGAUUAUUGACAAAAGGUCAGACAAUACCAUCGAGGAAGUAGUAAAUGCCGCUGCUUUGCUGGAAAGUUACAAAAUCCGUAUUAUCCCUGUGGCGCUUGGCCGAGAGGCAGAUGUUGAGGAACUCACCAAUACAACGCUUGAUAAGAACGAUCUGGUGAAAGCCGACAAAGACGGAGACUCGGAGAAAACUUCAGAGGAGAUCAUUAUGAGAGCUAAAAGACCAGCUAUUCCAGAAAUGGACAUAUGCUUCGCAUUUGGCACUUCUGAUUCAAAAGCGGAUGGAACAUACAAGAAAAUGCAGGAAGCAGUGAAAAACCUGAUCGAGAAGUACAAUGAUUAUGAUCAAAUUCGCUUCGCUAUCCUUCCUUUUGGAACAAAUCCUUCUUCUCUACGAGGCUUUGGAGACCGGCCGGGUGAUGCAGACAGUUUGAUCCAACUUGUAACAGCCACUCCUCGACCGCGCGGACGGCCGGAUAUAGGGAAGGCGUUGGAUAGAGCAGAACGGUUGUUUGAGGCUGCAUCACCGAGACCGAGAGCUAAGAAGUUCUUAGUUGUGUUUGUUGGAAGCAAAUCAGGGAACGAUUUGGAAACGUUGAAGAAGGCUGCAAAACCUCUGGAAGAUAAAGGUGUUAAAGUGAUAGCCGUGGCUGUAGGAUCAGAAGCAGAUCCUGAUGAGCUCAUCAAAGUCGUGUCUAACAAAGGAAACCUAAUUAAGGCCAAGGAAAUUUAUGAAGAACCAAACAAGUUGGGAAAUGAAGUUAUGAUUAUCGUACUUAAAGAUUUGCCGAUCAUACCAGAGGUAGACCUGGCCUUUGCCAUCAGUGCCAAUGCUGUACAGUCACGAACCAACUUCCAAAAGAUGAAGGAUGUUAUCACCCAGAUAGUAGAGAUGUAUGGUCAGGAGAGAGUACUGUACAGUAUAUUAGUCUACGGGUCCGUCCCAGACGUAAAGAUCCAGUUCAAUCAGCGACGAACAGAUGACCGUUUGGUGACAUUUAUUAAGACAAUAAGUCGAGCAUCUGGUUCUGCGUUGGGCCCAGCUCUGGAAAAGGCUAAGGAAGCAUUUAAUCAAUAUGGGCGUCCUGGAGCAAAGAAGGUUUUAGUGGUAAUAACAGACACGAAAUCUGACAGCGGCGUUAAAGUCUUGCAGGAGAAAGCGUCUCUAUUGGAACAAGCUAAAAUCAAAGUAAUACCUGUAGGUUUGGGAAGUGAAAUUGAUAAACCAGAACUUCAAAUCUUAACUCCUAGUGAGAAGGACGUCAUAACAAAACCAAAUACGGUUUCCACCGAGUAUUUGGCUUACGUAAUCAUGAGGAAGGGUUUGCUAGAAACACUUUUCGUCCCGGAAAUGGACCUUGCUUUUGUCAUCAGCACGACAGCUGUGGAUAAAGACAAAAAUCUCGAUGCAACUAAGGAAAUCAUCAAGAAAACCGUAGAAGCCUUCGGUCUGUCUCGAGUCCGGUACAGUCUCAUUACAUUUGGUGCCACACCUGUGGUAAAAAUAAGAUUCAACAACGUCUUCGCCAGUGAGGAAGAACUUGGCAAGAUUGUUGACAACGUCAAGAAAGAUGAGGGUGCCGCUUCUCUCGAAAAAGCCCUGGAAGAGACUCGAUAUCUCUUCGCUUUAGCUGAGGAUACUAGACCCAAUGCCAAGAGGGUUGUAGUGGUCAUCACUGACAAGAAGUCUGACAGUACUGAAGCAUCUGUACGAGCCGCCUCUCGGAAGCUGAGGGAUGAUGGUGUCCGCGUGAUUGCCAUCGUACUUGGCAAUGAGUUUGAUCCGGUCUCGCCAGAAGUCAUCAAGCCGGACGAAGAACAACGUCCCACGGUCAUAGUGAAGGAGUUAGUGAUUGUAGUCUUAAAUGAAUCUGUCGUUACAGAGAAGAUCGACCUUGGCUUUGCUUUAAGCGCGACAGCCUUAAAUUCAAGAGAAACGUUCGCCAAGAUGAAAGAAACUGUGAAAUCUAUAAUUAAGAGGUAUAGUGUUGGAAACCUGCGUUACGCCGUUAUUGUCUAUGGCUCCGAUGCGAGAGUACUUCUCAGCUUCGAGAGGAAUUUCCCUGCUCUUGAGAAUUGGCUGAGUGCUGUUGACAACAUGCAGAUUGAGCAAGGAGGCCCAGCUUUGGGGAAGGCUUUACAGAAGGCCAGGGAGUUGUUCCAGUCUCGUGGUCGGAAAGAUGCUAAAAAGGUACUGGUAGUGAUUGCAGAUAAAUCACCCAUUGGAGAUAGCAAGGAAACUGGGAACGAGGCACUAGAGCUGGAGUACGCUAAUGUUAAGAUCGUCCCCGUUGCUUUUGGCGGUGCCAUUGAUGCUAAAGAAAUCAAGAAUAUUUCACCGUAUAAAGACGUGCUCGUUGUCGUGCGCAGUGAUGUCAACCCAACCGACCUUGGUUACUCUGUGAUGAAAAGAGUUCUGAAAGUCACACCCAAACUCCCCAAGUUGGAUCUCGUCUUCGCCAUCAGUGCCUCACCAAGCGACAUUAAUUUUAGAAGGAUCCUGGAAAUUGUAAAGGAAAUAACAGAGAGAUUCUUCAGCGACCGUGUCCAGUACGGGCUGAUUGUGUUUGGUAGAGAUGCCUCCAUAAAGCUACAUUUCAGAGAUAAAUAUAGUGACCCCAAAAACUUGCAGACUUACAUCGACUCAGUCGCCUCUAACAAUGACGAACCCGCUCUCGAUAAAGCGCUCUUUGAGGCUAAGGUUUUGUUUGAAAGUGACUUUGCGAGGAAAGAUGCACAAAAGGUUCUUGUUGUGAUCAUGGACACCAUUACUGGUCGUAACAAGCCAGCCAUUAAGGAAGCUGCAAAGGACCUGAUGGUCAGUUCUGUAGUUGUCAUCCCGGUUGCUAUUGGUAACAGGCCUGUACCUGACUUUGAAAAAGAGUUCCCGGAUGAGGAAGUUAUAAAAACCAAAGACAAAGACCAUCCCAUUAAGACCGCUGAUAAGAUACAGGAGAUACUCGUUAGUGGUAUCACCGAGUUUACCAGACUGGACAUUUCAUUUUUAGUCAGCACAACAUCCGUGGAUGCCGAGGAAAAUUUGAAACUCGUCAAAUCCACGAUCGACUCUAUAAUCGAACGACAUGGCGUCAAAAAACACUUAUACAGUUUGACCAUCUUUGGUCAAAGGGCCAACAGAGUCUUUCCAUUCCAAAAGACUGAUAAAGAUUCUUUAUUAACCCUAAUACAAGGCGCCAGGUUACCCAGGGGUUCACCUGAUCUGGUAAACGCUCUCAAAGACGCUACAUCUCUGUUUUUCCAACCAAGUGGAGGCGCGCGACCAGAUUCCAGAAAGGUUAUCGUAGUUAUGAUCGACCGGAAGUCUGUCAACACCGGAAGUAACAUCGAAAAGAUUGUGGGUGAUUUGGAAGACGGAAAGGUCAGGUUCGUCACUGUGGUGAUUGGAAAGAACUCUGAUCCAAAUGAGCUUGUACCGCUGACUCCAGACAAGGACAAGACAAACAUAGUGUAUACGGACAAGGAUGGCGUCCCGUCAACAGUUGGAAAGAAGAUUAUGGUGCUGAUAACUUUGGCUCUUUCUGAUCCAUGUCUGGUUACCACGUGUGAUUUUGACGCCAAAUGUGUUAAGUCAUCAAAUGGCUCGACCGAGUGUGAGUGCCGUAAUGAUUGCCCACAGAUUUACAGUCCCGUAUGCGCCAGUGAUGAACGCACGUACCCCAACAACUGCAGUAUGAUUCUCGAAGCCUGCAGAACGCAGACGAUGCUCACGGUCGUAAAGGAAGGCGUCUGUGAAGCUUGUAGCAACCGUGUCGACUUGCUAUUUGUCCUGGAUGGAGGCAACCUAGAGAUCAAGAAGAACUACAUAAAGGCAGUCAUUGAUAAAUUUAACAUCGGUCCUGACGAUACACGAGUUGGAGUGGUGCCAUCAGAUAGAGUAGAAGUGGACCUCAUAUCAUUCAAUGAUUCGCUAAGCGCAGACGUGGUCAAACUCAACAUCGAUAGCAUCCGUGAUCUGGGUUCAUCCCCGAGCGUUACUUUUGGUUUACGGGAAGCCUUGGAAGUGAUAAAAGACAAGAGAACCGACGUGAAACAGGCCGUGGUUGUGAUCAUGGAUCAAAUGGAAAACAACAUGAAUUUACUGCUGCAAAGAUCCGGGACCUUGAAAGCACAUGACGCAAUAGUGUACUCUGUAGGAGUGGGGAGUGGCAUGGAUGAUUCUAGAGUCAAGAGAGUCGCAUCCAAAGAUGACUACGCCUUUUAUGCACCUUCCUUUAGUGAACUCAUGUCUGUGGCGCCGCUGAUUUCUGAAAAAAUUUGUCCGUUGAAGGUGGUCAUCAGUUACCCAAUCGACAUUGCCUUCGCCAUCUCCGCAACCAGCUCCAAAGCCAACGAAUUAUACGACUACAUGCUUGACGUCAUCAAACUCAUCGUGGAUGACUAUGGCAUGUACACAGUGCAUUACGCAUUCAUGGUGUUCGGUAACGAACCCGUUGUACAAAUUCGAUUUGGUGAUGCAUUUAACAGCCCUGACCAACUCAAGGGUGAUCUGGAAAAUAUUGCAAGAAUUCGUGGACCGCCGAACUUGGAGAAAGCGCUCGAGAAGGCUGCAGAGCUUUUCAAACCCGGAUACAAAGGAGAGAGACCCGGCGUACGUAAGUUCUUGGUAGUGAUGGUUGACAAAGACACUGUGGGAAACGUGAUUCGGUAUGCAAAGCGUCUCGAAACCACAGGAAUAAAGGUAAUCCCAGUUGCUAUUGGACGGGAAGUCGGACCUGACGGCAUCAAAAUUCCACCUCACGAAAACAAAGUUAUAGUGGACCCUGUACCUGAUGUGAAAAAGCCGGAUGUACUGGUUAAAAAUAUAACAUUAGUUAUUUUGAUCGAUCCAUGUAAUGAUGUCGUAUGUGACUACAACGCCGAGUGCCAAGCAUUACCUAAUGACACCGCUCUGUGUCAGUGCAUGGAUGACUGUACAGCGGAACCCUUUAAACCGGUUUGUGGAAGUGACAUGGUGACGUACACAAGUGGAUGUGCUCUGAAGGGCAAGGCUUGUAGGAAACAAAGGAUAAUCACUGUAGUGUCAGCGGGAAUCUGUCAAAAAGCCACCGACCUUGCUUUUGUUUUCGGCGCCUCUGGACCUCAAGCGUCCGCAGUCUUUGCAAGAAUGGUAACCAUCUUAAAAGAUAUUGUUGAUGAAUAUGAGGUAUCUGACGAAAAAACGCGUGUUGCACUAGUAGACUAUAAUGGUCCUGCCACCACCAGGGCCUUAUUCAGCGACGGUUACAACAGAGCCAUCUUUAAAAGGAUCGCAAGUAGCUUACCAGGACCUGGGGGUCGACCUGGAACACUCAGCGAGGCUUUUAGCAAAGUACGAGAUGAGGUGUUCACUCUUCAAAACGGCGCGCGGCCGUUUGCUGAGGACAUCCUCGUUGUGAUGACACAGGGCAACUUUGAUGAGAAUUCUGCGGAGAUCAAGAGCGAGGUCGCCAAGUUAAGAAGCAAUGCUGUUAAGGUCAUCGUGUUUGCCUUCACGGACGAGCCAGGCAUAGAAAAAUGGAACAACGUCUCCUCGGGGAAUGACCUCAUUGUUAUAACCAAACCUGGUAAAGAUAAGAAGGAGGCCAAGAAAUUGCCUUACACUGCCAGUAAAGUGUUUCGCAGCUGCGCAGAAGUGAAAGCAUCCGGGUAUUCCUCUGAUGGCCAUUACCUCCUUCAUAUAAGCGACAGAUGUAAAGAUCCGACUCGAAUCUAUUGUCACAACAUGGCGUCCAACACGCCACAAGAGUAUAUCACCUUGGAGUCUGGUGCCGAGAACAACUUCGCUAUUAUUUAUCAUCAGCGGCUCCAGGAUAGGUACAGCUGUAGUGGGCCCGCGCGAACAGAGUUGUACGCUGAGCGAGGUUCAACGAACUUCUCUAAAGUGCGCCUUGAUAUCGCAACCAUGAAAAUUAUGAGUAGUGACUUCACCUUUGCACAGACUCUGGAGGGUAAAGACAUCCCGUAUGGCACAGCAGGGGAUUGCUACUCGGUGAAUACUGGAAAAUGUCGCAAGGGGCAGUUUAAGGUUGACUUGAGGGGGACGAGACUUCGAGUUCGGGAUGAUGUGAGCUGGACGUUGCAGGGGUUCCCGAAUGGUUUGCAGAUUCAGAAUUACCAGAAGUCACCUGAUGGUGCGGUGGUGUCUGCCAAGUGUGGAGGCUGGUGUGGUCGCUGUAAGCCGACCAGGGGAUUGAUUUUAGUGGAGCCUUUGUGUUCCAUUCCUGCAGCGUGUCCAUUCCCCAUGGAUGUGGUUUUCGCGUUGGACUCCUCGUCAGACUUAUCCUCAUCAGACUACAGCCAACAGAAGAACUUCGUCCUCACCAUGAUCAAUGCUUUCACAAUCUCCGUCGCCAAGACGCACGUGGGCGUGAUCACUGUCGGGGAGACGGCCAGGAGGGACAUUGAACUUACACAGUACACCCAGUCUGAAAUACUUAAAUUGGUUGUGGCUGAACUAAAUGCUACUAGUGACUCUCCUUCAGAUCCGACAACAAGGUUUACUGACAUGCUCAAACAUGCGACCAGGGUGUUUAAUAAUGGAGGAAGGUCACAGGUCCCCAGGUCUCUAGUUGUGUUAGUUGCGGGUGAGAUCACCGAGGACGUUAAAUCUGCUGCCACCAGACUGAAGAACACAGGCAUUCAGAUAUUUGUCGUUGCCGUUGGUGUGAGUACACCUUCAUCUCGGCAUGUUGGUCUCGCUAGUGGAAGGAGGUUUGUUCGCACUGUUGACAGUUUCGACGAGCUUGGUUCUGUGGCUGCCAAGUUGGCUAAGGACACGUGUGAAGACCCUUGCGCAAAGAAGGUUUGUCAGACCUAUGCCCGCUGCAAGGCGAUUGAUUUUACCCGUACAGAGUGCGUGUGUCCAAAGAUCAGUGAUUGUCCAACCACCAAAGAUGAAGUAUGCGGCAGUGAUAGGGUCACUUACGACAAUGACUGUGUUUUAAGAGUUCAAGCCUGUACCAGAGGAGUACAAGUCACUGUUGAUAACUUGGGCCCAUGUGGUUUGUGUGCCGGCGUUAAAUGUAAAGAGCAUGCGCGCUGCGAGGUGAAGGGUGGCAAUGCACAGUGUGUAUGUAAGGACAUCAGGGAGUGUCCCCAGAUUCCCGCCCCCGUGUGUGGUGUGAACAACAGGACUUACAUCAACAAAUGCUAUCUGGAUGUGGAGAAUUGUCGACUUGAAGAAAUCGUUGAUCAACAGAGACCUGGAAAAUGUGAGCCUUGUGCUGGAGUGCAGUGUCAGGAACCAAAGUCGUGUAAAGCGGAUUCCUUUGGUAACGCCAAAUGUGAAUGCCCCGAUGAGAGACAUUGUUCAAUGACUGUUCAUGCUGUGUGUGGCAGCGAUGGUAAAACGUACCUCAACGAGUGUGUCAUGAAGGCCAAGGCCUGUCUCAGAGAAAUCUCCGUUUAUGUUGUUAUGGAUGGGUAUUGUGGCCCGUGUGACCUCGCUAAGAACUGUAAGAACAACGCCGCUUGCAUCGGAAACGCGGACGGUUCGGUCACGUGUAGGUGUCGAACGGAGGGCGAAUGUCCAAAGGACGGUGAUGGUGUAUGUGGCUCAGACGGACAGAGUUACAUAAACAAGUGUCUUUUAGAUGUGACUGCCUGUGCAGAUAAAAAGACCGUAACAGUUGUGCAUGAUGGACCUUGUGGUUCUUGUAACCCCGGUAGUUGUGGUACCAACGAGGUUUGCAUCGGUCAAACAGAUGGAACGUUUUUGUGCAAGUGCAUUGAAAUCAAAGACUGUGCCAAUGAAAAUGACCCUGUUUGUGGCACGGAUGGGAAAACCUAUCGAAAUGAAUGCUUCAUGAAAGCAGAGUCAUGUGAGAAGAACACAUCUGUUGGAUUGAGGCAUCGAGGACGUUGCGGGGUUUGUAGAGACACUCGAUGCUCUUCAGACAAGCGGUGUGUGGCAAAUGAGCAGCAGAUACCAUCUUGUAAGUGUCCGACAGAAGACGAUUGCCCAAGAGAUUAUGAUCUAGUCUGUGGAAGUGAUGAAAAGACUUACAUCAACCUGUGCAGACUGCAGGUUGAAGCUUGUACAACUGGAAAGCCAGUCAGGACGAUUAAAAAGGGAGUGUGUGAUCCGUGUAAAGCGUCUCAUUGUAUGUUCCAUUCUGUUUGCGGAGUUAUACCUGAUGGAUCUACUGUCUGUCGCUGUCCGCGCAUGGAGGACUGCCCGGAUGUAAACGAUCCAGUAUGUGGAACGAAUGGCAGGACGUAUGAGAGCGAAUGCAAGCUGAAGGCUGAGAGUUGUGCCGCAGGAAUCGAAGUUACGAUGAAACAUAAAGGACCCUGUGGCCCCUGUUCAUUGUCGGACUGUGUGGACUACUAUGGCCAAUGUUCUAAGGUACAAGAUGGAUCUGAGACUGCGCAGUGCAAGUGUGAAACCGCUGACCAGUGUCCGGAUACUGUCAGGGAGAUUUGUGGAGACAAUGGUAAAACGUAUCGAAGCGUGUGCCAUUUGAAAGCGGAGUCAUGUCGGCUCAGACAAAGAAUCGAAGUCCAACAAAAAAGACGGUGCACUCCAUGUUCAAAGUCUGUGUGCGCCCCUGACCAAAAUUGUGUUUUGGAUGCCCAAGGAAAAGCUUCGUGUAGAUGUCCUGAUUUCUGCCCCAGCCUGGGUGAGCCUGUUUGUGGAAGCGAUGGCCGAACGUACGAAAAUGAGUGCAAAGGUAGAAGAGAGUCAUGCGAGAAGAAAAAAGGACUCGUCUUCAAAACUGGGGCCUGCGGAUUGGUGGUCGUUCCUUGCUCACUGAAGAGUUGUAUAAAUCACGCCCAAUGCGUGUUCUCGUCUGGUACAGUGGAAUGCCGCUGUCCAGAUGUGAGCGAGUGCUCCAAUGUUACGAGCGUGGUAUGUGGCAGUGAUGGAGAAACUCAUACGGUUUACACAAACGAGUGCUUUAUGAGAGUCGAUUCCUGUAAAAAAGGCAAAAGAAUAGCUCCAGUUAUUCCUAGCAAAUGCGAUCCUUGUGAUUCGGCCAGCUGUCACAGCUUUGCUACUUGUAAAGCGAGGAACAACAAAGCAGUGUGUGUCUGUCCAUCGCAUCGUGACUGACCAUGGAAAGUUGACUUGAUCUGUGGUUCUGAUGGCCAGAGUUACCUUAAGGAGUGCGUCAUGAAAGCAAAGGCUUGCAAGGCCGGAAAGGAGGUCACUGUCAGAAGGAAGGGGUAUUGUGGUAUUUGUGAUUUGGUAACAUGUGCUAAAAACGCCGUAUGUUUCAUAAAAUGAAACGGCCUCCACGAGUGUCGCUGCCCAAAAGACA